AUGAGCAGCAGCACGACCGGAAGCAACAACACUGGUCUCACCAGUCUUUUAAACGAAGGUCUUGAGAACGGAUACACUACCCCACAACAGAACGAAAGAAUGGCACAAUCGCAGCAGAACGAAGGCCCGCCAGCGGUCAGCCAGUCCCCUAAUCGGCGAACCCUGCAGCGAGACCAGUCCAACGCUUCUUUCAACUCCGAACAGUCAUCACUGUCGAGUAACACCAUGCAGAACAUACCGGUGCUCCCGCCGUAUCCUGGGGACGAGACAACGAUACCUACAGGACCUGCAGGAGGCAUAGAUAUUGACUCAUUCCCACCACCUCCUCCGCCGCCACCAAAGUCGCAACAGAGCGCGUUUGCUGCUCUGCAAAGAGGAGGAGAUUUAGAAAGAAGGGCGUCACGAAGAUAUUCCGCUUAUCAGAUAUCCAAACAUCUAGGAGCACCAACCAAUGGCGUGCCUAUGCUACCUUCUCAGAAUACCCCAAUACCAAAUCGUGGACGUGGGGAAGUAAGAGAAUCGAUGCGAGCAGUUCAAGUCCGAGAGUCUCUGCGACAUAGUCGCAACGCAUCAAAUCAAUCCAAGAAUGCGUAUGAAGCAUCUUCGCCGGUUCGAAUACCUAGCAAGGUUAGCGAGGAAGGCUCGAAACCCGAUCUACCACCCCCUCGAUCGGAAAGUCCGCCGGCUCAGUCACCGGAAGAGAAAUAUAGACCUAGUGCUACUAUAUCCGGACCUCUAGACGAUGCCUUUCCAAUAGUGGGAACCCCGGGCUCGCCCGAGAAGCCAAAACCAAGGGUAGACACGACUAUAGAAUCCAAACCGCGACCUCAAACCCCUCCGGAAAAGCAGCGCAAGCAAUCUAUACAAGAGCAAUCACCUCCGUUAGAUAAGGAACUUACCUUAUUUCUGCAAUACAAGUCCAAAGUGAAGAAGUUUGUGCUCCCGGAGGGCUAUACAGGCUUGACAAUUGGGCGCCUGCAACUUGCUUUCAUCGAGAAGUUUUCCUGGAACACUGCCCUGAACGGAAGCGACCUCCCAGAGAUAUAUAUCCAAGAUCCCAUCUCUGGGGUGCGACACGAGCUCGAAGACCUAUCUGACAUCAAAGACCGUACAGUUCUUGCGCUCAAUGUAGAGCCCCUUGACGAGGUCAAGAAGCACUUUGACGAGGGUUUUGGGGCCCUAAAGAAAGUAGUAGAUGAGAUGAAGCAGAACGUUACUGAUCAGGGAUCUGCUUUACAAAGAGUAUCAGAUAGGCAAUUGGAGACGGCCAAGGAGAUGGCUCGUAUGGCCUCAGCGCCACCGGCUGUCAUGGAUGGUGUUAAGGUUAGUGGAGUUGGCGCUGGCGCUAAACUCAAUCCUAGUCAACUUAGGGAGUUGCAGACUCUACGACGGGAUCUAGCCGUCUUACGACAGACGUACUCAAACUUCCAGACAGAGAUACAGAGCUCUAUGUCUUCUCUACGAAACAAAGCAGCCAAUGUUAAGGUUGCGGCUGCCAAGGCUUCAACACCUGAGGAAGGUGGCUCCGGAUAUACUUAUGUGUCGAAAGGUCGUAAGCAGCUUAAUUCAGACUCAGACCGCCUUGUUACCAAGGUGGAUGAUCUUCAAGACUUAGUUGAGGACUUGCGCAAGGACGUCGUUAAUCGCGGCGUGAGACCCUUGCCGCGUCAACUAGAGGGUGUAUCCAAGGAUAUUCAACUCUUGACCAAAGAACUCAAGAAGGUUCAAGAGUACAUGAAGCGAGAGAAGCCCAUCUGGACCAAGAUUUGGGAGAAAGAAUUGGAAGAAGUUUGCCAGGGUCGUGACGAGCUUAAGGUUAUGGAAGACUUAAUGAUUGACUUACAAGACGACAUCGAAAAGGCCUCUGAGACCUUUGCGUUGGUGGAACAAGCCACUAAGGAGCAGAUGAAAGACACUACGCCGACGGCACGGCAGUUCUCGAAGGGCUUGCGUCAUCUUGGGAGCGGCUCUGAUCCGAACGCUGCAAAAGAAGGUGUACUAGGCGAGGUCAGAGCUCUACAGCCAAACCAUGAAGACAGGCUAGAGGCUAUAGAACGUGCAGAGAAGUUACGACAGAAGGAGCUGGAGAGCCGGCAAGGAAAUCCUUUGAUGAAGGAGUUGACUAAGUUCGUCGAGGAUGGGAAGCUGAGGAAGAGCGGAGGAUUUGAAGAGGUUGAACGAGCGAGGAAGGCCAAGGAUGAUCGAAUACGGCGAGAGGUUUGGGAACGAAUGAAUGGCAUAAUACCCGAGGACUCGGUCGAAGAGGAUGAAGAGGAUGAAGAGGAAGGGGAGGAGGAGGAGGAGGAGGAAGGGGAAGAGGGGGAGGAAAAUGAUGCAGAGGUAGAAACGGAGACGGAGGCGGAAGCGGAGGCGGAGGUAGAGAGCCCCGCUAAAAAGCCGGACGAUGAUGAUAUAUAA